AUGAUUGAUCCUCAUAACAGUACUGUUGAGUAUCUCUUCAAAGAGACAGCGACCCGAGUGGAGAAAUACGCAUCCUCGAGGAACGAACAAGCUCGAGUUGAGGCCCUCAGCCAAUGUCUCAAAUUGAGUCGCGCACUCGAGAAGCCAGAAGACACAGUCUUGAAGCUAUCCCUCUCACCUGUUCUAUUCAUGGCCGUCAAAGUAGGCCAUGAUUUAGGAAUCUUCAAUCUGCUAGUCAAGUCCGGAGGUGCUAGUGCAACGGAAAUUGCAACUGCACAAAAUGCAGACCCUGAUCUACUUCGUCGUAUUUUGCCCUCUUUGGCGUCCAUCGGAUACGUGCAGGAGCGUGGUGCCGAAUUUUAUACACCGAGUCCGCUGUCAUAUGAGAUGACACGAGAGCCCACUAUUCAGAUGAUGGAGACACUGUUCCACGAAUCGCAAUCGGCUAUUACUCGGGCUCCGGAUCUUCUCCAAAUCAAUGAGAACCAAACUACGGAGGAUUCAUGGGUCGGACCUUUCCAGUACGCAUAUGAGGCUAACGAUGCGAUCUGGGAAUGGCUUGAGAAACGUCCAGAAUUGACCCGCUUCAAACGAGUUGGAAUCCAAUAG